GUGUAUACCCUGAAAUUCACGCUAUUUAUGUCCUAGUAGGCAUGGCCCAUCCUUCUUCGUUUCUGUCACUAAGAAAACCAUUUUUGCGAUCUGAAAAGUUGAAAUCGGUCUGUUUUUUAUUUAUCACCUCAUUUCUUUCGCUAAGUCAUGGCCGCCAAUUCCGGAGUGAAAAUUUUCCGUGACAUUCUUCGUGAUAGCCCGUGCCGGAUGGCUUACAUGAUGUCGCAAUCGAAGAAUUUCACCCAGCAAUACUCGAAGAACCAUCAUCUGGGUAAAUCGAUCCCCCUGGAACGCCCCGGAACAGCGCGACCCAAAACUGCCCCAAUCACGGCUUCAUCCUUGGCGCAUGCCAUCACGGCCCAUAAUCUGAUGCCGGAAACCGUGAUGAAACCAGCAGAACGUCCCACAACCAGCGUUCGAACAGUGAAGCCUUCAAUUAACUUGAUCUGCACCGGGACCCGCAAGCCGGACGGAAAGCCUUCACGUCGACCGGAAGCUCCUCCCCGUCAACGUCCUCGACGUCCAGCGGAUCAAUCCUCCCGUAAGACUCCACCCGCAUCCAACAGCAAGCAGGACAUCCGCAAACGACCCCAUCAGCAGAGCUCCAAGCUUGAAUCGUCAAACACCAACCGGGACUCCCCGAAGAGGCCUUGCAAGAUCUGCAUCAGCGGCGAAGAUUGCUCCGUGUCAGAACAGUGGCAAGAUCUGCUCAAUGCACAAUCCACUUCAACGUCCUCGGAUGGCUUCAGGCAUCUUAUUGGAGAAAUCGAAGCCAUACGCUCGGAGUUGGUUGCCCGAGAAGACAUGAAGAACAUCAGCCUUCAGGAUUCGUUGGAACUGAUCAACGAAAUACAACAGAGGAUAAACUCGGUGUCCUUAUCGUCUGGAACCUCCGAAGGAAGUUUCCUUAAUCGACUGGAGCCUUUCCAAACUGCAACGUUGGGAUCCGAAAAAAGGUCCACAAUCAAAGCGAGGAAAUCUGUGCGCACUCUUCACUUCGAAGGAGGUCGGAUUAUGGAACAAGAUUACACAAAGGGGAGUCGUCAGCGGGACGGGAAACAGGUCGUGGUCAGAAAAGCAAAAACCAAGAAAAUCGAGAAGAAAUUUGAUGAAGGUCCACUGCGAUGUUUGUUGCCAUUGGUAAGCGAGUCGCUCAAAGCAGCGCGGGUCAAAUUUUGAACGAAAUAAAUUUUGAAAUUGAUGA